AUGACCGUUGGAUUUCCAGAAGUUUCCUUUAGAGAUGAUCUGGCGAAAAUCAAUGGUGCAGAUUUAAUCUGCUUUACAGUCAAUUACUUGGAUAGAGUUUCCUCUGUGCUUCAUUCUUUUUCUUUUCUUAAGGAUAGAGUUUCCUCUGUGCUUUAUUCCUGGCAUUCUAAAUGGUUUUCUAAGGCAAGGAAGGAAAUCCUUCUUAAAGCUGUUAUUCAAGCCAUUCUUGCUUAUGCGCUGGCUUGCUUUCGGCUGCCUGUGAAGCUUUGUAAGGAAAUUGAGGGUGUGAUGGCCAGAUUUUGGUCUCUUGUCCAUUUUAACCAAGCUAUGCUUGCUAAGCAGGCUUGGCGUAUCUUCACUCAACCUGAUUCUUUGUUGAGUCUUACUCUCAAAGCUAGGUACUUUCCUCACUCUUCUAUCUUAAAUGCUAAGGCUAGUUAUAAUCCUUCUUUCUCUUGGCGUAGUAUUCUUUGGGGGAUGGAUUUAUUAACUUCUGGUUUAGUGUGGAAAGUGGAUGAUGGGGAGACUAUUAAUACUCUUACUGAUCAUAAGCUUCCUACUUCUAAAUUUAAGCAACCCCUUUGUGAUAUAGAUUGCCAGCAGUCUAAACUCUCUUAUUUCAUUGAUCAGUCAGGCCCUUAA